CAGUGAUAUGACCAACAAACAAAUAAAAAACCCCCACACUUAAUCCUCUCCCUGUUUGGCUGUUUCCUAAUUAAUACCAACUUUUAAAAGAAAAAAUGUUGCCAUCACAAAUUUCAUGACACAUUACAUCACUAACAAACAGAGAGAGAGAAAAGAUCAAUGGCCUCUCUAAACUCACCGGAUUCCUCUCCUCCCAAUAUCUCCUUCUCCAUUAACCAAACCAGAAAAAGCACCACAACUUCUUCCUCCGCCACCGGCCAUCGACUUUACCGAAGCAUUUCCACCAAAGAACCUUCCUUUUCCCAAUUCCCCUUUACUCCUCCUCACCUCAACAAUAACUGCCCUUCUCUCCCUCAAAGCCUCCACAACUCCCCUACCUCCUCUCCUCUCCACCCGACCGCCGCUGCUGCGGCGGCUAAGCUCUCCGACCACUUGAUUUCUCAUCGGUGCGUGUCGUCCGUCUUGAAAAAAGACGGACAGAUCUUAUCCAUUGCCAUGUUUAAUGAUAUUUUGUACACUGGGUCUGACAGCAAUUUAGUUAGGAUUUGGAAGCUGCCGGACUUCACGGAGUGUGGGCAGCUUAAAACAAAGGCUUCCAUGGCGGUGGCUUUGCAGGUUUCUCAUGAUAAAGUUUAUGCGGCGUAUAGUGAUUGUAAGAUUCGUGUUUGGCGCCGGAGUUGGGAUAGGGGCCUUAAACAUUCCCGCCUUGCCACUAUUCCGGCCACCGGAAGUUAUGUUCGAAGUUACAUUUCAGGGAAGGACAAAAUGAUGAAGCACAUGGGUCCAAUAACCUCACUAGCGAUCAACAUUUCCGACGAUAUUCUAUACUCAUCAUCACUCGACAAAUCCGUAAAAGUAUGGCGAAUCUCCGAUUUCAAAUGCAUAGAAACAAUCCAAGCACAUUCCGAGCCAAUUAACGCCAUCAUUGCCUCUGCCGACGGCCUUCUCUACAGCGCCUCCGACGACGCAACCAUUAAAGUCUGGCGCCGCAACUUCUCUCGUAGCGAUCACCCUCCUCACUCCCUCGUCAUAACCCUCCCAGCGAACUUCUCUCCGGUCAAAACCCUCACCCUCGACACCAACUCCACCCUCCUCUACGGCGGUUGCAGCGACGGGUACCUUCACUUCUGGCUCAAAGGCUGGUUCUCCGGCCAGCUCCAAUACGGCGGCGCUCUGCAAGGCCACACCCAUGCGGUCAUGUGUUUGGCAAGCGUUGGAAAGUAUGUGGUGAGUGGCUCUGCUGAUUCCACGUGUCGAGUGUGGGCCAGGGAUGAGGUUGACUGUCAGUUGCACACGUGUCUGGCGGUUUUGGUUGGCCAUCGGGGACCCGUGAGAUGUGUGGCGGCGUUUUUUGGUUCGGGGUCGGAAGAGGCGGUGGAGGAGGGUGAGGGCGGUUGCACCAUCUGUAGCGGAAGCCUUGACGGCGUUCUUAAGGUUUGGCGCGUGACGUGCACGAGUAAUGGAACGCCUAAUCAGGAUUUGCAGAAUGGGACUGACUAUUUUGAUUUGUAGGAGGAACAACUAACUUUAGUUAAUUAAUUAUUAAUCAUAAUUUAGAUCGUGCUUAAGUCGAUUCUUGUCCCAUAGGUGUUGUACUUAACGAAAAAGAGAGUUUUAGUUCUUAGUUAGUUAUAAGUAACUCUUUAAUAACUAAAUUAUAUCAAAUAUUUUAAGGAAGGGUAAAAGCUUUUAUAACAAA